AUGGAAACAUUACCACACAGUAAAAGGAUAGAAAUAAUAAAAACUGCCCUUCCGCCAUGUUGCUUGCGAAUUCACCCUCUGGAUAGCACAAAAAUAUUCAUUGGAACUUAUAAAUUAGAAGACGAUGGAACUCGACAUGGUUCAUUAGAUUACUACAGUUUCCUUGACAAUAAACUAUCAUUAAUAUCCAGUACUGCUACUUCAGGAGCAAUAUUAGAUCUUAAAUUCAAUCCAUCUGAUCCCCAAAUGUUGGUUUCUGCACAUUCAAAUGGACAUUUGCUAAUAUGGAAGUUUGACAAUAGUACAUUGGAAUUAUGCCAUGACGCAAACAUCGAUAAGGAUACAUUGAUAACCUCAAUUUUUUUCAACCCCAAUAACGAUAACAAUGGUUCGAUUGUUUUACUUACUUUCACGAAUGGUUAUCUGGGUUUGUUUGAUUUAGAAAAAUUACAGAUUGAUUACUUGGAUACUUGUCAUGAAUUAGAAUGUUGGACUGGCUCUUUUGGUGAAAUAGGACAAUUAUCUAAUGUGGUAUAUACUGGAGGUGAUGAUUCUCAAUUGAUUGCUCAUGAUUUGCGUGCUAAACAACAAAUUUGGAAUUUGCGUCGGGGCCAUGAUGCUGGGAUUGUGUCAAUUUUAUCACCUAAUGAUGACUGGAACAAAACCGGUCUGAAUACCUUGUGGACUGGUUCAUAUGAUGAUAAUUUAAGAGUUUGGGAUUUGCGAGUAAUCGAUAAAUCAAAUCCAAGCUUGAUUUCUGGGUAUAUACCUAAAGUUAUUUCGCAAGAAAACUUGGGUGGUGGGGUAUGGAGAUUAAUUCCAAGUCCAAUAGAUGAUAGAUUGCUCAGUUGUUGUAUGUACGAUGGUGCCAGAAUAAUCGAUGUCAAGCAGGAUAGUUUUACAGUUACUCACUAUUUUAAACAAGAUCAUCAGAGUAUGUGUUAUGGCGGUGACUGGUCAUUCGAUGGGAAAUUCAUCGCAACAUGUUCGUUCUACGAUAAUGUUGUACAAGUUUGGUCGCCUGAUGAAUGUGUAUAA